CCAGCUCCUCCUCUUUGUCUUCUUCAAUCUUUCUUCUCCUCCAUUUCUUUCUCUUCUCCAAUUCUUCGUAUGUUCUUUCGUCUUCCCAUUUACAAAAACAAAAAGAAAAAAUUUUGCAUAUACGAUCAAACGAUAAUCGAUUUCAAAUCUUCUUCUUUUGAUUUCGUCCGAUCACUUCCAGAAGAUUCCAACCGAUGGAACACGAGCAAGAUGACCCUGGUACAGCACCUCACGGUGGGGUUGACUCGCGACUUGAUGAUUCAAUGGCAAGUGAAUCUGAAUCUGAUCCAACUGUGAAUAACAGCAGUAGUCAUAUAAAUAGGUCUAAUGAUUCAGAAAGUAACGAGCAUCCUAACAUUUAUCGACAAGAUAUUGUUAGAAACAACAGAACCGGUAGUAUUGGGGUUGUGAGCGAAGUAGCUGGUGAUUCUGACUCUGAAAGUGACAUUAGCGAUGAGGAAGACGACGAAGAAGAUGAUGAUGUUGAUGAUGACGACGAUAAUAAUGAUGAUGCCGAUGAAGAGGAAGAGAAAAAAGCCAGUGAAGAAAAUGUUGGCCAUGGAGAUGGCAAUGCUGAUGGAAAUCUUGGUGAGAAAAAAGCCGAUGGAAACUACAAAUGUGGUGUCCUUGAGGGUGAGCAGAUUCGUGUUCUUUGGAUGGAUAACACCGAGCCAGUUCAAGAUAUUAGGGAUGUAACCGUUGUAGACCGUGGUUUUUUACACGGAGAUUAUGUUGCUUCAGCUUCUGAGCCAACUGGGCAGGUUGGAGUAGUUGUGGAUGUAAACAUAUCGGUAGAUUUAUUGGCUCCGGAUGGUUCUAUCCACAAGGACAUCUCGACCAAAAAGUUGAAACGCGUCAGGGAUUUUGCUGUUGGUGACUAUGUGGUUCAUGGCCCCUGGUUAGGUAGAAUUGAUGAUGUAUUGGACAAUGUGACUGUGUUGUUUGAUGAUGGUUCCAUGUGUAAAGUCUUACGUGUUGAACCCCUUCAACUGAAACCUAUUGCCAAGAACAACCUUGAAGAAGAUGCAAACUUUCCAUAUCACCCAGGCCAGCGUGUCAAAGCAAGCUCUUCAUCGAUUUUCAAGAACUCCCGGUGGUUUUCUGGAUUGUGGAAGCCCAACCGCUUAGAAGGUACUGUGACCAAAGUUACCGCCGGAUCUGUUUUUGUCUACUGGAUUGCUUCAGCUGGCUUUGGGCCAGAUUCUUCUGUUUCCCCACCUGAGGAGCAGAGUCCAAGUAAUCUGACAUUGUUGUCAUCUUUCACUCAUGCCAGUUGGCAAGUAGGUGACUGGGCCCUUCUUCCAUCGGUGAAUCAAACUGCUACAAUUCCCUUACAUAAGCAUGUAUCUAAAUUACGACUUUAUGAUUCUCAAGCAAAUUAUGCAGAUCGGCAACAAAAAAGUGGCUGCGAUUCGGAAGAUGUUCAAGAUGAUGUAAGCGAAAAGAAUGAAUCUGCUGGUAUUACUUCUGUAGCUUUGUCAAAAGAAACUAGUGUUUCUUCUAUUUCAAAGGAGCCUGUUCAUGAACGUUGGCCUCUUCAUCGUAAGAAGAUACGGAAAAUUGUUAUUAGAAAGGACAAAAAGGUCAAGAAAAAAGAGGAAAGCUUUGAACGAGCUCUUUUGGUAGUUAAUAGCAGAACGCGUGUUGAUGUAGCCUGGCAAGAUGGUACAGUAGAAUGUAACCGAGGAGCAACAACAUUGAUUCCAAUUGAGACUCCUGGUGAUCAUGAAUUUGUCGCUGAGCAGUAUGUGGUGGAGAAGGCUUCGGAUGAUGGUGAUAACACAACUGAAGCUAAGCGUGUUGGGGUUGUUAAAAGUGUCAAUGCAAAAGAACGUACCGCUUCUGUGAGAUGGUUGAAGCCACUUGAAAGGGCAGAAGAUCCCCGUGAGUUUGACAAGGAGGAAAUUGUUAGUGUUUAUGAACUAGAGGGCCAUCCAGAUUAUGACUACUGUUAUGGGGAUGUUGUUAUUAGACUAUCACCUGUUACUAUGGUGUUACCAGCAUCUUCUGCCGAAAACUCUCCAGAGGUGGCAACGGAGCAAGACAAUGGACAGCAAGAUACAGAACAUCAUCAAGAAGCUGUAGUCCAUGAUAAGGAAGAAAACGAAGUUAAUACGAACCUUUCAGAGCUCUCAUGGGUUGGAAAUAUUACUGGUCUAAAGGAUGGUGAUAUCGAAGUAACAUGGGCCGAUGGAAUGGUAUCAACGGUUGGCCCUCACGCAGUUUAUGUAGUUGGACGGGAUGAUGAUGAAUCAGUUUCAGCAGAAAGUGAAGCAAGUGAUGCUGCUAGUUGGGAAACUUUAGACGAUGAUGAGAGGGGUGCUCCUGAGAUUCCUGAAGAGGAUCUUGGAAGGGAUAGUUUUUUGGAGGAAAACUCUGAUGCAGAAAUCAAUGCUGACCAUGAUUCUGGGAGGAAUGGUGCCCUAGCUCUCCCACUAGCUGCAAUUGAAUUCGUGACUCGACUAGCUAGUGGAAUAUUUUCUCGUGGACGGAGAAAUGAAGAUUCUUCCAGUUCUGGUUCCACUGGUGAAAAUGAAUAUAAGCAGGCUGAACUGACAAACUCUUCCAACAAAAAUAAUUCUUUCCUUGAUGACCCUAGCCCUCCAAAUUUCAGUGCGACUGAUAACUGUGAGUCAGAUGGCAUUCAAGCAAAUGCCGAGAAUCAUCUGAGUGGGGAAACCUCUACUAACGAUGCAUUAGAAAGAUCAAAGAGUGAAAAACCUGCGCUAUUACCUUCCGAAGGUGAUAGUUGCAGUUUCAGACGCUUUGAUAUAUCACAAGAUCCUCUGGAUCACCAUUUUCUUGGCGCAGAUGGGCAGAAAACCAAGGAAAGACAAUGGUUCAAAAAGGUUGAUCAAGACUGGAAAAUACUUCAGAACAAUCUUCCUGAUGGGAUCUUUGUUCGAGUUUACGAAGAUAGAAUGGAUCUCUUGAGGGCCGUAAUAGCUGGCGCAUAUGGAACACCAUACCAAGAUGGUCUCUUCUUUUUUGAUUUUCACCUUCCGCCUGACUACCCUAGUGUGCCACCGUCGGCAUAUUAUCAUUCUGGUGGUUGGAGGUUAAACCCCAAUCUGUAUGAAGAAGGCAAGGUCUGUCUUAGCCUUCUUAAUACCUGGACUGGGAGAGGAAAUGAAGUCUGGGAUCCCAAAUCAUCUAGCAUCCUUCAAGUCCUUGUUUCACUCCAGGGAUUGGUGUUGAAUUCAAAGCCUUAUUUCAAUGAAGCUGGGUACGAUAAGCAGAUCGGAACUGCGGAAGGAGAAAAAAACUCACUGGGAUAUAACGAGAAUACUUUUUUGCUAAAUUGUAAAACCAUGAUGUAUCUUAUGCGGAAGCCACCAAAGGAUUUUGAAGAACUCAUCAAAGCGCAUUUCAGAAAACGCGGUUAUUACAUCUUGAAGGCAUGUGACGCCUACAUGAAAGGAUAUCUAAUAGGUUCCCUCACCAAAGAUGCCUCGGUUAUCGAUGAACGCAGCAGUGCAAAUUCAACUUCGGUUGGUUUUAAGCUUAUGUUGGCUAAGAUCGCGCCAAAGCUUUUCUCAGCGCUAAAUGAGGUAGGAGCUGACUGCAAUGAAUUCAAACAUCUGCAGCAACAAUAACACAAGCCUCAAAGGAGCUGGAUAUACACCAACCACAUUGCCAAUGAACCAAGUGAAGGUUUGUGGCUUCUUUACUAUUACAGGUUUCAAACGCAGAUAUGUCUGAAAUGUGUGUAACAGAGUUUUUCUUUUUGUUUUUGAGUUAUACAAGAAUUGCAUGUUCCUGAGUUGUAACCCCAUCCGCUCCAGCAAUAUUGGCAAAUGAAUUUUUUUUGGUUGGUCAUGUUUUGGAGCCGCCUGCUUAAAAGUUUUAGGGGUGCAUUACAACACUUCUUUUGUCAUGAGUUGUUAAAAACCUCUAACAAAGAUUAACUGAGUAAAGUUGUUUCGCUUCAGUUC